GCAUAAAUAGCAAGACUCCUACUGUCUUCUCUUGCAGACCAACUCAGCUGCCAGCAAAAGCAGGUGCUCUCCCCCUACCAGAGCUCCACAGGAAAUAUUUAGGAAUGGAAAACCUGAUGUUUGUCUACCGCCCCUGUAAAGUUAUCUGGACAUUACUUGUGACAAUACUAGGUUAUGCCAGCAGCUUGCCUGUGGGUGAUGAUUCUAUUUGUACAGCAGAGGAACUUGCUAAGUACAGCAUAAUCUUCACAGGGAAAUGGAGUCAGACUGCGUUCCCUAAGCAGUAUCCACUGUAUAGGCCCCCAGCACAGUGGUCAUCAAUGCUCGGUGUUACUCAUAGUUCUGACUACAGCAUGUGGAAAAAAAAUGAAUAUGCCAGCAAUGGUGUACGUGAUUUUGCUGAAAAGGGUGAAGCAUGGGUAUUAAUGAAAGAAAUAGAAGAAGCUGGAGAGAAAAUUCAGAGUGUACACGGAAUCUUCUCUGCUGCUGCCAUUUCCAGUGGCACAGGACAAACCUCCACUGAAUUAGAAGUGCAUUCAAGACAUCCCUUAGUUUCGUUUGUCGUAAGAAUUGUUCCAAGCCCAGACUGGUUUGUAGGUAUCGACAGCCUAAAUCUCUGUGAAGGAGACCACUGGAUGGAAGAAGUAUCAGUAGAUCUGUUUCCAUAUGAUGCUGGAACUGACAGUGGUUUCACAUUUUCCUCCCCGAACUUUGCCACUAUUCCACAGGACACUGUCACAGAGAUCACUUGUUCCUCUCCGAGUCACCCAGCAAAUUCAUUUUAUUAUCCUAAACUCAAAAUUUUGCCACCUAUUGCUCAAGUAACAAUGGUGAAAUUAAAGAAAAGCCAGCUGGGUCUUUCUGCACCUUAUAUUAACCCGCCAGCUAAAAGCAAUGAAGUAAUAGACUCUGUCUCAGAAACACCACUGGACUGUGAGGUUUCACAAUGGUCUUCCUGGGGUCUCUGUAGAGGUCUUUGCAGAAAAACAGGCACCAAGAUCAGAACUCGUUUUGUACUUCUUCAGCCUGCCAAUAAUGGAAUGCCUUGUCCAAAUCUGGAUGAAGAAACAGGAUGUGAACCAGAGAAUUGUGUCUGAAAUAAAGAAAAGAUAAUAAUUUAGAUAAUUUAAAAAUAGGAGGAGUGCAACUAAAUCUAACCUACGUGUCAGUCAGUGUUUCUUAUAAUUCGAGUAUGCUGCACUAUUUUGCUGAAAAGGUGUAUUAGACUGGUUUUGAAAGUUGUUUAAUAUCAUGAUUUUGGGGGUUUAAACUGCUAAGGUUUAGUAUGACAACAGUACUUGAUCAUUACAAACCAAAAAACCCCAAAUAAAUCCUUGCUAUAAAUAUACUGUAAGUUCUUGGAGUACCCUCUAGUGGCAGAAAAGAAGACAUUUGCAAAGAUUUUACUUCACACAUACAAAAAUCUUUCAAUCACAAAAUCUAAACUAAUAACGUUCUUAAAUACUGUAAUUUGUUGAUCUACAGCUAUUUAUACCUAGAAAAUAGUUUUUUCUCUAAAUUAUGUUUUUAUAAUUUAUUAGAAUUUCUGUCAUCUUUCUAAAGAUGUUUAAAAUACAUUUCUUCAGGAACUAUUUCCAUAAAUCAGAGUGAUGAGAUGUUUGCAGUGUAGUUAGGAAGACAACAGUAUAACUGAGUAAACUUGUCUUGAGACUUACAAAUACAUGAAAAAGUCUUUUCCUUUUUUUCUCAAAAGUGAGAACAAUAUCUGUCAUGAGGACACUGCAAACAAAUUAGAAAAAAUCAGAGGUUUGCAUACUAGUAGAAAACCUCUGAACUUAACUAAAAGUGCUAGCUGAGAUUUAAAAGCUGACUUGAUUGUUGGUGUGUGUCCCUCGUGAGACAAUUAUCUCAAAGUUAACACUGUUGACCAUAACAUAAAUUAUAUCAUU